AUGGGCUUCAAGGAUGAGGUCCAUCUAGCACACCACCAUACUCAGUGGGCAGCUUCACAGCCCGAUGCCGUUCUCAGCCCUAUUGAAGGGUUCCGAGAAAUUGACAAGGGAGAUUGGAAUUCUGGACAUGCCAGUUAUAUCCAGGAUCCUUGGCAGAGUAUCGUUAUCAAAAAGGAAAUGGGUCGCUUUCUCGAGACAUUAGCUGCUGCGGUAGAUGAUGAGCUAGAAUAUGCCAUCCCUGAGUAUAUACGCCCUGGCGCAAAUGAUGAGGUUGAUGUUUAUGAAUCUAUGAAAUGGAUCGUGGCCCAAGUAUCCAGUCGCUUCACCGUUGGACUGCCUCUCUGCCGUGACAAGAGCUAUCUGAAAGACUCUCUCGCGUUUGCAGACUUGUUCAUCUUGAACUCUGGUCUUUUGAUAUACACGCCAUCACUCUUCAAGCCGCUGGUAGGAUUUCUCGUCACUUUACCAACGCGGUACAGAAGAUGGAGGAUUCAAAAACACAUCGAGCCUCUAUAUAAAGAUCGCACAGAGAAGCUUUUGAAUCCUGAGCUGCAUGAAAAGAGUGAAGAGCCUACCGACAACCUGCAGAUGAUGAUGAGAUAUGCCAUCAGCAAGCACGGUAACCAAGUCUCCCCGUCUCAAAUCUCUGACAGACUUUGUCUUGCGAAUCUGGCAUCAUUCCAUCAAACUGCAGUUGCCAUGAGCAAUGUUUUGAUCAAUAUCGCAGCAUCAGAUGCCGAGUUUGACACAACAGCUGUUAUACGACGAGAGAUGGCUGACGUUCUUGAGCAAAACGGGGGUAUUUUUGAUAAAGCGUCAGUAUCCAAGAUGAUUCACACAGACAGCAUCUUGAGAGAGUCAAUGCGAACCCAUGGUUUUGGUAAUCGAGCCAUGAUUCGCAAAGUGGUUGCAUCAGAUGGUUUAAAGACUCCAGACGGCCAUACUCUUCCCAACGGCUCGACCAUGUCUAUACUGUCGUAUCCCGUGCACAACGACGCAGAGAUUUAUGAGCAUCCAGAGAAGUUCUACCCCUUUAGAUUUUCACAGAUGAGAACAGGUAGUCCAGCAGAAGGUAAUGGUUCCAAGGAUAUGAACCCUACUUUGUCGUUUGUGUCCACCUCACCGACCUAUUUACCCUUUGGCCAUGGAAAGCAUGCUUGUCCGGGGAGAUUCUUAGUUGAUUUUGAGAUGAAGAUGAUUUUACAUCACCUUCUCAACCACUUUGAUAUUGAGCUGCUUCCUAAGCAUAAUGGAGUACGCCCAGAGAGUCAAUGGGUGACAGAGGCCGUUAUGCCGCCUGUUGGUGUAAAAUUACAGUUCAAGAAGAGGGAGUCUACAUAA